AUGCUCGCGGCGCGCGACGACGGCGGCUGCACCUACCAGGGCAACUCGGACCUGUACGGCGUCGGCGUGCGCGUCGGUCUAUACGCCCAAUGGAUCGCGACCCUUCUGUCGACCGUCUUUGAGCCGCGCAGCGAGGCCGGCCUGCGCACCACCAACCUCAUCAUCCAGCUCGCCGUCUUCAUCGGUCUCUGCACCGAGAGCACGCACGCCACCACGACCACCACGACGCCGCACCCGUCCGCCGCCGUCAUCACGCAGUUCCUGCUUUGCGGCUCCCUCUCCAGCGUCACCGGCGACGGCGUCAGCCACCUCCACUCGCUGUCCGGCGCCGCGCGGCUCUUCUUCUACACGGCCUUGGCCGCCUACGGCUGCUGGUUCUGGUUCACGGGCAUCGACAUCAUGGGCGUCGAGAACGGCGGCGGCUGCCAGGAGGUUGCCUUUUUCGGGCGCACCACGUUUGACGGCUGGUUCCGCGUGCUGGGCAAGGUCCUGUCCGUGCUCGGGCUCGUCACCUGCGUCGCGCUCCUCGGGUACUGGCUGCACCUCCUCGUGGCGCGCUUCCGGACGGGCUUCGAGAGCGGCCUCGCGGCGAACGCGCGCCAGAGGAAGGGCCGGCCGCGCAUCGAGCUCGCGCUGCUGAUGCUGUCGGCGGGCCUGCUGGUGCUGUCGGCCAUGGCGGUCGAGUACCUCAUUCGCGAGAACGGCGUGAAAAAGGUAGGCCGCGCCGACCUGGACUCGGUCGGGCAGCUCAUUCCGCUGAUUGCGGGCUGCAUGGGCUCGGCGAUGGUGGUGUGGCGGAUUGUCAUUCAUGGGCAGUUUCUGAAGAAGCGAUGCCUAUUUCUCUUUGGAUUUCAUUUGUGA